AUGCUCCAAACUCGACGUCCCGCGUACGUCUGGGGACUCCUCAUCGCGUCUCGAGGCCUCCAAUUAGGCACCACCUGUCCUUCGACACCCAGAGGAAACCCAUUUGGACCUUUCGCUAUCCGAAUUCCAGGUUUCUGGCAGGGCUGCUGUGCCAAUUGUUUUUGGCGCGAACGGUUCCAUCUCUGCCGAUCACGGAUUCCCGAUGCCCCUCGAUAUGAAGCCCCGCCCGACACUCGAGUGUAUGUGGAAUCCCAGGUUGAUGAGAUGACCAAUUCGUCCGGUGGAACUAAUGGUGCGGCCAAUGGUGCGCUGAAUGGUGUGGCCAAUGCUGCAGCCAACACUGCAGCCAAUGGUGUAGCCAAUGGUGUGGCUAAUGCUGCAAUCAAUGGAAUAAUCAAUGGUGCAGCCAAAGCUGCGGCCAACGCUAUGGAUAACGGUGCGGCGGGAAGUAGCAAUGAUGCCGCCACUCUUCCUCAGGGGGCUGCAGCAUUUCAGACUGAGGAUUCUGGGUAG